AUGCUUCGUUUCCCGACUUCGAUUCCUCUCAGACCCGCCGAGUUUAAUGAGUUUAAAGAAGCGAUCCUCUCUCAGAAGGAUUCUCAAGACACGGGACCAGCACCAGCCCAAUCGUCGAGCGCCCAACCCAACUCAGUCGACCAAGCUGUCGAACGUGAGCGUAAGGAACUCCGUGAGCGCGCUCAGAAGUCGAAGGCCGAGCGUAUCGGUAGAACCAGAAAUACAAUUCUGCCCGAGUAUCUGAGAAGAUUCCGAGAUUGA